CAGAUUUUCCCUCAAUCAAUCAAUCUCUCCCUCUCUCAUCUCUCCUCUAUCUCCCCAGAAUCUACUCCCCUGAUUUUCUCUUGAUCAAUCUCUCUCUCAUCUAUCUCCCCACUAAGAAUAUGCUCCCCAGAUCAAUCCUUCCCUUAAUCUCUCUCUCUCUCUCUACUCCGGCCCCAAACUUGGCGGCAACGACGAUUUACUGAGUGAACAAGGCGGCUGCAACGGCAACCACGAUGGCUAUCGAUGUAGUGAACAACGCGGCGCGGCAGCGGCACUGUGUGAGGAGAAGAGAACGGGGAGGAGUGUUUGGUGGAGUGAGGGAGUGGAUGGCGGUGGCGGGAUUCAGAGCGGCGGCGAGAAGAACGGCGGUGGUGGGAUGUGGAGCGGCGACGGUGGAUGAGAGCCGAGAGGGUUGGGCUGUCUCUUUUUUAUUUUAUUAGGGUUAGCUGUUAGCAUAGUGGUUAUGGGCUGAGGAGUGGGUGAGAAUAUGGGCCGAGGCCCAGUUUUAAUUGGGAUGAGGUAUGAAUAUGUGGGCUGGAUGUAUUUAUUCGGUUUUUCGGUUCGGCAAUCGGAAUUUCGGGUUCGGUCGAGAGAUCCUGGUUUCCGAAAUAUGUCUAUUGUGUUUCCGAAUUCCGAACCGAAAAGUAUUAUUUCGGUUUCGGUUCGGUUGUAAAUCGGUUCGGCUCGGUUCGGUUCGGGUUUCCCGAACCGAGUGCUCACCCCUAGGUUUACAGGAACUAAGGAAUAAUUUUAGAGGUGGCAAAUGGAUUGAUCCAUGGAUUGGUGGAUUGGAUUGGUGGAUCCAUGGAUCAAAUGGAUUGGUGGAUUCAUGGAUUGGAUCAAGUGGAUUGGUGGAUUAUCCAUGAAUCCAAAUGACAUCCUCAAUCAAGGACCAAUAUGUAAAAUGUAAAAAGUUUAGGUACUAAAAUGUCAUAAUGAAAAAUUUUAGAUACC